UGAAGCUGUGUUAGCGGAGCGCAGUCUUGGGGAAAUGGAAGCUUUAUACAGUCUUCUCGGCUUGGAGUGGUUAGACACCAGGAGUGUUUUAAUAUUUUUCUGUGUGUUUUUGCUGCUGAGCGAUAUUUUGAAGAACAGAAAACCAAAAAACUUUCCUCCUGGACCGCAGGCUCUUCCCUUUAUUGGAGAUCUUCAUCGACUCAACCCUGCGAGAAUUCACCUGCAGAUCACUGAUUUUGCAGAGAAAUAUGGCAAUGUUUUCAGUCUUCAUCUCUUUGGAGGAAAAGCUGUGGUCAUUAAUGGAUACAAACACGUGAAAGAGGCUCUUGUUGAAAAAGGAGAAGACUUCCUGGAUCGGCCCUCCAUUCCAUUGUUUUCUGAGGUUUUCCAGAACAAAGGUAUUGUGAUGUCCAACGGUUACCCAUGGAAGGUACAGAGGAGGUUUGCUCUUCAUGCGCUGAGAAACUUUGGUCUGGGAAAGAAGACCAUGGAGAGAUACAUCCAGCAGGAGUGCCAGUACCUCACUGAAGGUUUUGCUGAUCAGCAAGGCAAGCCAUUUUCUGGUCAGACACUGAUAAACAAUGCCGUGUCCAACAUCAUCUGCUGUUUGGUCUUUGGGAACCGAUUUGAGUACGACGACAAGGAGUACCUCACUAUUCUUGAUAACUUAAAUGAGAUUUUUCGAUUACAAGGAAGUUUUUGGGUUCAGGUAUACAACAUGUUUCCCUCUGUGAUGAAGUGGCUGCCAGGACCUCAUAAGACAAUAUUCAUCCAUCUACAGAAGCUAAUUGACUUUUUAGAAAUUCGGAUCAAAGAACACAGAGAGAACCUUGACCCCUCAUCUCCAAGAGACUACAUCGACUCCUUCCUGAUAGAAAUGGGAGACAAAGAGGACAAAGAUUCUGGUUUUGAUCUCUUCAACUUGUCAGCUUGCACUCUGGACCUGUUUGCUGCUGGAACUGAAACCACCACCACUACUUUGCACUGGGGGCUGCUGUACAUGAUUUACUACCCUGACAUACAAGAGCGUGUCCAUGCUGAGAUCAAUGCUGUGAUUGGUUCAUCCAGACAACCUGCUGUGGCUGACAGGGAAAACAUGCCCUACACUGAUGCAGUCAUCCAUGAGAUACAAAGGAUGGGAAACAUCCUUCCUCUCAAUGUGGCCCGCAUGACAAGCAAAGACACCACCCUGGAUAAAUACUCAAUUCCAAAGGGCACCAUCAUCAUAGCAACACUUCACUCUGUCCUCCAUGAUGAGUCCAUGUGGGAGACUCCACACUCCUUCAACCCUCAGCACUUUCUGGACCAGGAUGGUAAAUUUAGGAAAAGAGACGCCUUUAUGCCUUUUUCUGCAGGUAAACGUGUGUGUCUUGGAGAGCAGCUGGCAAGGAUGGAGUUAUUCCUCUUCUUCACCUCCCUCCUUCAGAGGUUUAAAUUCUCCCCUCCUCCAGGAGAGCAGCCCAGUCUGGAGUACAAACUGGGAGCCACUCAUUGCCCCAAACCUUACCGCCUCUGUGCCGUGCCACGUUAAACCAAAAGAAGUGUUGACAGCGCCACUGUGCAUCCCUUCUGCUGUUUCUGAACUGAAAGAUCCGAGGGGUGCCUAACCUGUUGUUAUUACAGCAGUUAAGAGGGAAUUUGAAUAGUGUGAGAUAAGAUAAACCUGAACUCUCACUGGGAGAAAUGUCACUGAUAACAGCAAGUCAGUGGAGCAAAAGUAAAGCCAGGACAGAGUUGACUGAUGGUACUCUAAUCAGUGUAUGAUAAUAAAGAUUACAUUAUAAAUAUACAAAGUAUUCAUACCCCUUAAACAUUUCUGCAUGUUGCCAGAGUUCAACAAUAAAAGAAGCAUGUGAUGCACUGAAAUGAGGAGUUAUAAUAGAUAACACACAGGAAAAGGAAAACUUUGAAAUGAUUAAAUGUAAUAAAAUCUGAACUUUUGUUUCAUUUUUAUUUACAAAUAUGUAUGGUCCUGUUAAAUGAAAAGCUACAGUUCUACUUCUGUAUUAAGAAAUCUGCAUUUUUUUCUCUGACAAACUUUGAAGAUGGAACGAAAUAUCCUUUAUUCUCCCUUAGUGGGGGAAAUUCAGGGGUACCAGCAACAAAGUGACAGGCAAAAUAACAGCAUGCAGAUUCACACAAAGGUAAAUGUAAAAAUACAGAAAAUAAGAGGAAAGCUGUUGUGAAAUUUAGAGUGUAAGCCAGUGAAUGUUUUCAGCUUCAGAGGCAAUUUAAAUAGUGUGAGAUAAGAUAAACCUGAACUAUCACUGGGAGAAAUGUCACUCAUAACAGCAAGUCAGUGGAGCAAAAGUAAAGCCAGGACAGAGUUGACUGAUGGUCCUCUAAUCAGUGUAUGAAAAUAAAGAGCACAUCAUAAAUAUACAAAAGUAUUCAUACCCCUUGAACAUUUCUGCAUGUUGCCAGAUUUCAACAAUAAACUUUACUAUAUUUUAUUCAUGA